GCUUAUGUAACUUUUGUUGACGUUAACAAGCCUUAUGUUCGCCCCCCACUGCACCCCGCCAGCAGUCGUUCAAGCUCUAACCCGUGAGCUAACGAGGGGAAAGCUUCCACAAACGUCACAGAAUUUGCCGGUGCGAGAAACGAAUUUGUGCAGCGCAACGUCACCAUGGCCAGCAAAGUCGACCGCAUCGUGGCACGGCUACAAGAAAAGAUCGCUGAUGGCGACUACUACGAAGCUCAGCAGCAGACCCGAGUUGCUGCCUCGAGAUACAUCAAGACACAAAACUGGCCUGCUGCGAUUGACAUCCUGGCCAGCGUUUCUCAAUCACUGCUAAAGGCUGGUCAGGGUGGCAGCGGAGGUGACCUGUGCCUGAUGUUGGUCGAUGUCUACAAGCAAGCCGAGCUCAAGCCCGACUCGACGGCCAAGGGAAGACUCUUGACAUGUCUUCGACUCUUUAGCGCUGAGGAGCCGACAAGGAAGCGAUUUAUAACCGAGAUGAUGGCCUGGUCCUCCCAGUUUGGCGAAUACCCCGCUGGCGAUCCCGAGAUGCACCACGUCGCAGGCUCCAUCUACGCCGAAGAGCACGAUACCUACGAAGCUGAGCGACACCUGAUUCUCGGUACCCGCGAUUCGCCCGAUAUUCUCUUCAAGAUGGAGUAUGCCUGGUACAAGGAAUCCGAAGCCCAUACUGCGCCAUUGUACGCAGGCCGUGCCGUCUUGCCGUACCUGCUUGUCGGCAACGUCAGCGCCGCCAACUCUUGCUACCGAGCCUUUACCAGCGCUCUCAACACAGAUAAUGCAUCCCUGGGUGUUCAAGACGUUUCAACAUCACAAUCCGAUAUCCGCGUGUUCCCCAGUCUGCCGUUGCUGAACUUCCUGGGCCUGCUGCUUCUCGCCAUCCAGCGCGGCGCUCCCGAGGUCUACAAGGGCUUGCUGUCCAGAUAUGCUACCCAGAUUAACGAGAACGACUCGUGGCUGGAGCCCCUGGAGAUGAUUGGCGAGAUGUACUUCAACAUUGCCAGACCGAGACAGAGCAACCCGCUCAUGGAUAUGAUGAACGGCUUCUUUGGCGGCGGUGCUGGCGCCCAGCAACAGCCCCAGCGACGAGCGGCCAUUCGCUCUGCACAGGAUGGUCCCGUUGCCGAGGGCCUCGAUUAGAUGCAUAUAUGGAAGCAGAAAAAGAAUUGAUAUUUUUAAGAAAGGAAUAAUGGGGUAUCUUGAGGUAGUCCAGCAUAAAACCAAUGUAUAGCGUCCUUUUUAG